UUUAAGAUUACAAACGCCUAAACUAUCUGUUUCAAAAUGGCGUUAAGAAAAACCUUAGUAGGAAUUUUUGGACUUAUUUUUACGAUCCUUGCAUUCAUAUGUCUCUUGGUGGCCUUUGCGACGCCGAACUGGAUCGAGUCGUUCCAGGAUCGAUCCAGGGAAUUUGUCAAAAUGGGCCUUUGGGAGGCUUGUUUCGACAAUUGGACGUAUUACAAAGAUUACCUGGGAAAAAGAUAUCAAGGUUGCUGGUGGAUUUUCUCAUUUGAAUACAGACCAAUCUGGUCAUACCUGAAUCCACCAUGGUUAUUGGCCGUCCAGGUUUUGCUCACCCUGACAUUUUUGUUGAUGAUGGUGACCAUUUUAUUCGUGGCAUUCUAUUUCCUCCAUUGUUGUCCAUUAGCGAAAGCCAAAAAUUAUGUAAUGGCUGCCACGGUGAUGGACUUCAUUUCAGGAUUGGUGAUCGCCAUAUGCACCAUUGUAUUUGGUGUGAAGGCAGAAAUUGAUCGUCAAUGGUUACCACAACCCGAUUCAAACUACUUGUCAUGGUCAUUUGGUUUCUGUGUUUUGUCCGGAUUCUUCAGCUUGUUUGGAGGAAUGUGCCUGUUGGUCGAAUCAAUGCGUCUGUACGUAUCCAAUAAAAACGACAGACGAGAAGAAACUUACGGCAUGAGAGCAUCAAGCCAUUGUUAAUGAAUAUCAACUUACCGACCUUUCGAAAGACUUUUUAUCAUUUUCAGUAAGGUUCAUUGUGAUUGGACAGAGAGGUUGUCACAUGACUUGUAGCUUGCCAUAUAAACAAAAAGAAAUUAGUCAAGUGGAUUAUAAAGUUGAAAUUGGAGAAAUUAUUUAUGUGAUGCAUUUCUAGAGCACAUAGGCCUACAUGUACAAGGAAGAUUUUAUUUGUAACCACAGUAUUUAGAUUUAGGGCAACUGUUUAUUGGGACACUAUGGAGAUACUCGAUUGAAAGUUUCGUAAUUAAAUUUUUUAUAUUCCCCAAAAAUCAAGUAUAAAAGGAGAUUUCGGGCUACAAUGCAUGCACUGGUUACAUCAGAAAAUAUCUCAACUAAUCCUAACAGCUGAAAUAUAUUUAUUGUGUUUAAUUCCGUCACGAUUCUUUUCUCAAAAUCUGUUAAUUCGAGACAAUGUAGACUAGCAUUCAAGCAUCCACCAUAUGUAUCAUAAACAAGCAAAAAUCCUUAGUGCCUUUAAACAGCUUCAGGUCAUUGAUGCUUCGAAAGUUUUUACGAAGUACCGUAAUCGUAACUCAGACGAGAUAAUCUUUAUUCGUAAGUACUGUGGGGGGUUGUAUGGCCAAAUGGUUAGCACGUGUGCGCUGUAUCAUAAGGUCUGGCAUCGAGUUAACUGGCGUGGUUUCGAUUCCCUGGUUGUACGUGACAAGGAGUAGGGUCGCCUGACCAACCUCGUGGGUUUUCUCCCACUGCUAAAGACCCCUACGCGCUAAUUCUAUUCAACCAUGUGUUAGUCCUAAAAUGACCUAGUUUGUGUCAUGUGGACGUUAAACCCCCAUUUCUCUCUCCCCCUAAAUACUGUGUUUAUGAAUAACCUCUUCCUAUAUUUACUGUGUUUAUGAAUAACCUCUUCCUAUAUUUAACAUGAUGUGCUGUUAAACGGUGCAAAACAUGUUGAAAUUUGGGGAAGUUUCAUUUCUAAAUUAAAUCAAAUUUAACACUAAGAGACAAAAUGGUACAUUUAUAUAGAAUUUGAGAUUUUACAAAAAUUAAGUAAUUUUUUACUUGUCCAGAAAUUUUUUUAGGUAUAAAAAUGAAAAAGAUGUUUUUUUGAACAUUGAAAGACAGAAAAGUAUAUUUAUAUAUAUUAGAAUAAUUAGGUUUGAUUUUAUUUUUGAUAAUAUUAAUAGUUAUAGUGAGUUAGUAAGUUAGGGAUGUAGAUCUAAACCUAUUGACCUCAGAAAAUGCUGAAAUGCUCAUUAUUUUAGCAUUCUUAACCCUUUAGCUCUUGGUACAUAUAAAUAUUGAUUAUCACAAUUCCUUGCAGGGCCAGUUGUUUAAAAUGCAGGGCUCAAUUUGGGAGGCUCGAAGUUAAAGGAACCCUAGAUACAGGCAGUUGAUACUACUGUUGCUUAGAACACCCUCAAACCGCACAAGAUACAUGAAAAGUUCUUUGUGUUCUAGGACAGUAUAUUAGCUCUUGGGAGGGUGGGGGGGGCGAGAGGAGGGUAUCUAAGGAGCCCUCCCAUAGUUACAGGCGGACAAGGUGCUAAAGGGUUAGCAUGGAGGCAAUGCCCUGAAACCUAAAAUUGGUGACCACUUCAAAUUUUUAGUUGAGUGGGCUACAUCCCAGAUUGGAUCAUUAUCAUUUAUAAAUAAUUCAUUUCGCCCAAAAAACACAAAAAAGCUUCAUCUUAUUCUUCAUCCAGUUGAAUUAUACCGAAACAAAAUUACCCUUUUUCUUAGAACUAAAUCAUUUAUACCAAUUUCUUUGCCUUUAUAAGAUGGCAGCAAUUGACAGAGGCUUCGGAAAUAUUUUCCAAAAUAAAUAUUUUUUAUUGUAUAUACUUUUAAGUGCUACUUUGAAGUUAUGAUUGAAUUUCUUUAGAAUUCAUAUAAUUAACAUUCCAAUAUUAUUCUGUGUAAUUUGUCAAAAUGUUCAAAAUGUUUUAUUUAUUAAUUACCACUUUAUGAUCAAUUCUUAAAAUCGCUGAUCACCAAUAUCUAACUUUUCACUUCUUAAACCAUGGUUAAAAUUGAUUAUUUAACACUUGGUUAAAAAAAAUAAAGAAAAUAGCUGCUGGCUUGAAUUCAAUUAAAUUAAAAAAGGCUAACUUUAGGUGGCACUGGCUUUUUGACAUUAUCUGCAGAUGGUGCUGACUUAUCAAUUCAUCAUACUAAAUAGAAUUGAAGCAUUAUUUGACUGAUACUUCUUUUCGAGAAUCAGAUUUAAUAAUAUUGUAGUUUGCAAGGGAUUAAAAAUAUCUCAAAUGGCGAUCAGCGUUUUUAAUUACUACUUUAAUUUUAUUUUGAUGUAAAACACAGCACUUUUUUGUAUAACAAUCCUGAAAAUCCUGUAGCUGCAUUCUAAAAAGAAACAAAAAUGUUCAUAAUAACACAACUCUAUGGAUUUACUACUUCUUGGUUUAUUACAUGCAACGUUUCACUACUCUUACAGGUAUCUUUAUAGUACAUUCAUGAGUAAAACAAUUUAACAAUCAUCACAUUAAUUAAGACUUAUAACAACAACCAUUUUUGUUUUGAAUAUGACUUUACUCAUGAUCAUUAAUGAAUAACAAACAUACAAUUAUAGUAGGCUACAUCCAUGAGUAAAACAUUUUAACAAUCAAAACAUCACAUUAAUUAAGACUUAAGUAACAAUAACCAUUACUUUACUCAUGGAUGUACUAUAAAUGUAUAGUUGUUAUUCAUUAUUGAUUAUUGCUUGAUAAAGGUACCUGUAAGGUAGGGGCAGAUGGUGUCUCCCCUAGCAAAAUUUAAAAAAAAUCCCAACGAAAUACACAAUUUGGAAUAUUUCCUAGAUAUUGGCAUCGAUGCAAAAGGGGAGAAAAUUGGUGCAUGGUGCUUGGGUAUGGCUAGCAUCGAAUGAAAAGUACCUAUAGAGUGGGGUGGAAGUGGGACAUGCACCUUUUGAAAAUAAGAAAUUGCUAUAUAUGUAUGUUUUGUUAGGUUUGUUUGGCAUUCUUCCAAAUAGUUUAUGUUGAUUGUAGUUCUCUUUUAUUUUAUUUUUUUAAAAAAACAACACUAUUCUCACAUUUUCAGCAAAUCACUAUUUUAUAAGACUGUAAAUAUUCGAGAUCAUUUUUAAGAAUUUGUGACCCUCUCCCACAAAACCAGGCGCUUGUCGCACAACUUCAUUUUGUACUACGGGCACAAAAAUUUUUUAUAAACUGUAUGCCUUCUUGUUGCUGUGAAUGAGCCGAACUCAACUCCAGAUAAUACAACAAAUUUAAAAAGAAUUGCAUUUUUGGAGAGCUUAGGCUGUGGACUAUUCAAAUAUGCUGCCAGCUCAAUUUUUACAAAAAUGACCAAGAGCCUGGUUUUGUGGGAGCAGCUCACAUUUUGUAUUGUAUUUGCAACCUACUAUACAUGCUCAGUGAGUGAAAGCAUUUAACAUAUUAACCGACUGCUUCUCAUUUACCUUGAGUCAACUAAAAUAUUAUAGCUACCCUUGGUUACUAUUUUAUCACAAUUUGGAGCCAAUCAAAAACCAAAUCUCAUUUUUAGUUACCCUUGGUUACCAUAAUUGUUGUAUUACUGGUUGAUUGGGACUAUGUAUUCGAACACUUUGUGAAUAAUUUGAUAACUAUAAAAUUGCCUGUUAGGCCACUUCUGUUCUUCCGGAAUACGUUACCUAUUUCUUGGAGAAAAAAUAAUAAUUCAAAAACCAAAAAUACUUGGUUACUUUUCUCGAAAGCUUUUAGCCACAUUUUCAAGUUUUGAAAUUCUAAAUAAAAUAUUUUUCAUGAGACUCAAGUGGGGUUUUAUUUAUAACUAAAAAUUAAAUUGACUUUACCAUACUAGUAAUUUCUGUUUGGACUUCGGAGCUAAUAAAAAGCAAGUUUGGUUAGUCCCAAAAUGACAUAGUUUGUAUCGAGUGGACGUUAAACCCCAAUUAUUUCUUUCUCCAUCCAUCCUUACUAAGAAUAGCUAAAAUAUUAGAAUCACCAUGGUAACUUUUUAACUAUUUCAUUCAUUUACUAACCUGUAAAUAUCUAUUUUAAAUAGAAAAUCGGAUGUAUAUAUUAUUAUGUCUUCUAAUAAUCCAUCUUAAUCAUAAUUAUUUUCAUCUUAUUAAUUUUUGUACAUUGGUAUAUUAUAUAUAAUUAAACAUUUCUUCUCUU